AUGCAUAAUUUAUUCAUUUGUCGAUUCGAUGGAUUGGAUAUAUACUCAGCUCUUUGAAGUUUUGGAAAGGAAUUCGUUGCUCAAUUCUCUGCACCUUUUCGAACACUUCUUUGAACAUUUUUUGACGCUUUCCAACAUUUUCAAUAUAACAGGCCAUGAAAUUCCUCAAAGUUUCUGCCGAACGAAAACCAAAUUCGAGCCUCAGUCAGUGCCUGGUUUUGCUCCGAUUCGUAUCUCCAAAAAUAAUAACGAGAAUAACAGAAGAAAAAAUACAAAGCGUAAACAAAAAUUUUGUGGAGCUCUUCAACUUCUCCAGUAGUAAUUUUUGUUGGAACGGUACCAAAAUGCCACUGAAAGUCGGCGUAGCUCCCAAGCGGAAGCGAGAGAGAAAGCAACGCGUGAAAAAGGAGAAGACGAACGCUUCGAUCAGACGACUGGCCUUCCUUCGCUUGGCCGAGGAGGAAGCUAACUCCAUGUACCAGCCAGGUCGCAGAGAGCCACCUCCUAUGCCGAAGAGGCAGCAGCCUCUUGAGACCCAAGCAAAGCCCCCAAACCCGAUUGAAGAGCAGAACACUGCGCAGCAGAAACCGAGUCGACUUUACCCAUGCGGUGAUUUUCUAGGGUCUAAAAUGGAGACAUCGAAAGCACCCUUUGACAGAGAAUUAGUUCCAGCUGUGGAACCAAUCGCUGAACCAGUUUUGGAACCAAUCGAGCAAACAUUCUCCCGUUUAUCGGAGCAACGCAUCGAGGAAUCACUACCGGAAACAGUAUCGGAUAUUUGCGACUCAAUUUGUGCAGAGUUCGAGGACCCUGCAUCGGGCUGCGAUGCGAAUCUAGUGCCACCGUCUCCCACGAUGCAAACCCAAGGUGAGAUGCCGGACGCCCAUUUUCAAACACAAUUCGAUGCCAUGCAACCCAACAACAACCACAACAGCGGUCAAAAUCAAUCAUUACACGAUUUACUUGACUCUUUGUGUCCUUCCACACCGAACUUUGACCACGUUCCACCGAUGCAACCGAUCAAGCAGAGCUGGGACUAUCUGUCCUCGCGCCCUUGCAAUCCAGCAAGCGCCCCACCGAUGACACAGGCAUUCAAUCAACCAUGGGAAACUGAAUCGAAUAUGUUCGAGCCAACAGUAGUUCAGAGCUGGAACUAUUCCUCCGAUCUACAUCAGACAUUCCGCAAUACUCCCAGGCAACCCUUGUCUUCAUGCUCCUCCGAUCAUUACUUUCGUGGCGUUCCAGAAGUUCCUUCAUUCAAGCCACCAGCAGGCUAUCAAGGCUGGGACUACGGAAACCAUCUGCAGCAUGGAGCACCGCCACAUAGCACCAUGGCUCCGGCUGUUGCACGUGACACUCCGGCCAGCUGGAAGUCUAACUUCAAAAUAGAUUUCAAUAAUGUAGAACCACCAAUAACCAAUCCUAUGGAUACCCCAAGAGCUGAAAAUCCAAUCAAUAUGACACAAGCUCGUCCCAGCAGGAAUAAUCCACCGGAGCUCCUACCAAUGCCGACAACUUGGGUGAGACCAGCAGACAAUCGUAUCCCUUUGAGAAAAGCUAAUCAGCAAGAUACUGGUCCACCACCCCCUUUAUCUGUACCAAAGCCCACUACCCGUGUGAGACCAGCUGAUAAACCAUAUUCCGAUAGGAGCUGUGAAACAGUUCAGGCCAUCACUAUGAAGAAACCCUCUGACAGCUGGAGCUCUUGGCUGGAAAGAGAGCUUGAUCUAUCCUCCACGAAAGCUCCUAUUAAACGUGUGGCCAAUCCUAUAACUGUUCAAAAACCCUUUCAGAGCUGCAACACCACAGUCUUAAGCAAUCAAAGCUCCGACUCUGGCCUCGUAAAGAUACCAAAAACUCACGAGAGACCAGCAGACAAUGCGAUUCCGAUUCAGACCGGGAGCUCUGUCUCUAAAAACCAGAUUACUAAUAUGUCAGCGCCUACUUUGCCCAUGAAACCAGCAGCACAAUCCCAAAAACAACCCAUGGCUAUCCCCAAACCUGUCGAAAAGCAGAUUGAGCGUGGAAGAACUCUCCAGGCACCCAUCACACCCCCUGUAACUCGUCUGAAACCAGCAAAAACCCCGAUUCAGAACUGCGCCUCUGGCAUCAAAAUUCAGCUUGAAAAUGGGGCACAGAUCCAAAUACCCCAGGUACUCCCGGUUGCCCCUGUAAUACCACCGGACAAAUCGAUGAGUAGACCAAAAUCAUACCAGAGAGGGCCUACAGCACCCGUAAAUCCAAUAGAUAAUGGGAAAACGCCCCAUCCGACUGUACCAAAGGCCGUUAUUCGUGUGGGACCAGCACAAAAUCGGAUUCCAAUGGCGAAAUGUGUCUCCAAAACUCAGAAGAACAAUGUGGCAGCAUCCACGGUUCCUCUGAAACCAGGCGGACAGCUCGUAGCUGUGCAAAAACCACCCAUGGCUGUGCAAAAACAACCCAUGGCUGUGCAAAAACAACCCAUGGCUGUGCAAAAUCAACCCAUGGCUGUGCAAAAACAGCCCAUGGCUGUGCAAAAACAACCCAUGGCUGUGCAAAAACAGCCCAUGGCUGUGCAAAAACAGCCCAUGGCUGUGCAGAAACCCUCUCUCAACCUGAACUCUGGCCAGGUACCCAUCAGAACCCCCAUUACCCGAGUGCCACCAGCAAAUACUCCGGGUGUUAUGCCAAAGGCUGCGCAGAUCUCGAGCUCUGGCAUCAAAAUGCAGCAGGAGAAUGGGGCAACGAUCCACAUACCACAGAUACCGCCCACGUUUACCCCUGCAGCCAUACCGGCAGCCAAUCCGCAGCACAUAUCAAGAGGACAAUCCCUGAGCAUGCCGCCAGCCCUGUGUCAGGCACAGGGGACGUUCAACGGGCAGCAGAGACCGAUGAUAACCGUCAUAAAGGGUGACCAUGGCGAGGACAUACACGUGUCCUUUGUGACGGGACCCGAUGGCUUGAUCACACAGGUGAAGAGGCUGCCACCGAAUGUGGUGGCAGGUUGCUUCACCGGCGGCCUGCCGCAGCUGGAGCCGAUCACAACGAACAAAGUGCAACAGAUCCUGCAGGCCCCCAACUCGUAUACGACCCUGCACGGACCCGUUAGCGGACCCGUCGGCCUUCGCGGUGCCAUGGGCCCCGACCAUGCCGUCGAGGACGAGGAGGUGGACUACGAGGAGAUCGGUGUGGCCGAGACCUUCGCCGAGUACUGGCCCACGAAGCUCAAGCACGGCGUGGCCCAUCCCGAUGCCGUCGUGGAGACGGCCACCCUCUCGUCGGUGGAGCUGCCGGACAUCACCUAUGACCUGUCGCUGCCGCCACACUUCCAGACCUCCGGCAGCCUGAGCGCCCUGCAGCUGGAGGCCGUCUUCUAUGCGUGCCAGGCCCAUGAGCGGAUCCUGCCGAGCGGCGAGCGGGCGGGCUUCCUGCUGGGCGAUGGCGCCGGCGUCGGCAAGGGCCGGGCCAUCGCGGGCAUCAUCUACAACAACUAUCUGAAGGGUCGCAAGCGUGCCCUGUGGAUCUCCGUCUCGAAUGACCUCAAGUUCGAUGCGGAACGGGAUCUGCAGGACAUCGGUGCGGGCUCCAGGAUCAAGGUGAGGGCCCUGAACAAGCUCAAGUACCACCGCAUCGACUCCGAGGAGAAUGGACGGUUCCGCAAGGGCGUCAUCUUCUGCACGUACACGGCUCUGAUCGGGGAGUCGAUGACGGCCAACUCCAGUUACCAGGCGCGUCUCCGGCAGCUGAUCCAGUGGCUGGGCCACAAUUACCAGGGCGUCAUCGUGUUCGACGAGUGCCACAAGGCCAAGAAUCUGACGACGGGGAAUGGGGGCAAGUCGACGAAGACGGGCGCCACGGUGCUGGAGCUGCAGCAGCGGCUGCCCCUCGCUCGGGUCAUCUACGCCUCGGCGACGGGCGCCAGUGAGCCCAAGAAUAUGGCCUACAUGACCCGGCUGGGGCUGUGGGGUCCCGGCACUGCCUAUCCGGAGCUGGUGGACUUCGUGUACGCCGUGGAGAAGCGGGGCAUUGGGGCCAUGGAGCUGGUGGCCAUGGACAUGAAGCUGCGCGGCACCUACAUCGCCCGCCAGCUGAGCUUCAAAGAUGUGACCUUCCGCAUCCAGGAGGUCAACAUGCAGCCGUCCUUCACGAAGAUCUACAACCAGGCGGCCGAGCUCUGGGCGGAAAUCGGCAAGAAGUUCACGAAGGCCUGCCAGCUGAUGAACGUCGACAGUCGGGUGCAGAAGAUGAUCACGUGCCAGUUCUGGUGCGCCCACCAGCGCUUCUUCCGCAACAUGUGCAUCGCCUCCAAGGUGGACAUGGUCGUCAAGAUGACCCGCCAUGCCACACGCCACGGCAAGGCGGUGGUCAUUGGCCUCCAGUCGACGGGGGAGACGCGGACACUGGAGCAUCUGGAGCGGAACAACGGCAAGCUGACGUCCUUUGUGUCCACCUCGAAGAUGAUCAUCCAGUCGUUUGUCGAGAAACACUUUCCCGCGCCCAAGCGGGAGGCCUUCAUCGAGCUGGUCGCCACGGGGGAGUUCGUCCCGGAGAUGCGCUCCCAGCCGCCGCGUCCCAAGAAGCCCAGGCCCACGCACAUCGACUGGAUGGAGGACUCGGACGGGGGGUCCGAGGACAGCGACAUGGAGAGCCUCCAGGAGUGCUGGCCCCCGCUCCCAGAGGAGGCCAACGUGAAGGCGGGAGGCAAGCGACGUGGCAGACCCAAAAAGACCGACAAGGUGGAAAGGUUGAGCAUACAGGAUCGCAUCCUGCAGCAUUUGCACGAGAACAUGCUGUUCGCCAAGCACCUGGAUGUCAAUGAGGUCCCAAAGGACGUGCCGCAGCAGCCGAAAAUCACCGAGCGCGACGUCACACGCUGCAUCCUGAUGAAGGAACAGCUGCUGGAGAAGAUCGAGGAGCUGGGCCGCCACCUGCCACCCAACACCCUGGACAAGCUCAUCUCGAAGCUGGGCGGCACGAGCAAAGUGGCCGAAAUGACGGGUCGCCGGGGUCGUGUCAUCUGCGAGUCGCGCACUGCCUUCCGCUACGAGUCGCGGGUGGAGGAGGAUACCUCCAUGGAUCUCGUCAACUACAGGGAGAAGCAGCGCUUCAUGGAGGGCGAGAAGUACGUGGCCAUCAUCUCGGAGGCCGCCUCCAGCGGCAUCUCCCUGCAGAGCGACAAGCGGGUGUUGAAUCAGCGUCGACGCCUGCACAUCACCCUGGAGCUGCCGUGGAGCGCCGACCGAGCCAUCCAGCAGUUCGGACGCACCCAUCGCUCCAACCAGGUCAACUCCCCGGAAUAUGUGUUCGUCAUCACGAAUCUGGCGGGGGAGCGACGCUUCGCCUCCACCGUGGCCAAGCGCUUGGAGAGCCUGGGCGCCCUGACCCAGGGCGAUCGCCGGGCCACCGAUGCCCGGGAUCUCUCACAGUUCAACAUCGACAACGCCAUCGGCCGGAACACGCUGGAGCAUGUGAUGCAGCAGAUGGCGGGUGAGCGGCUGUUGACCUUGAAGCACAUACCCGAAUCCUACGAGGGCGACUUCCACGACGACUGUGCCACGGCCCUGGCAGGCGUGGGGCUGCUCUCAAUGCGGAAGGAGAACAACCGGAAGAUCUUCAGCGUGGAGAAGGACUGCAACAACAUCGCAAAGUUUCUCAAUCGCAUUCUCGGCUGUCGCGUAGAGAUACAGAACGCCAUCUUCAAGUUCUUUUUGGGGAACAUGUAUUCGCUGAUUACGCAGAUGAAGCGCACGGGCCGCUUCGAUCUGGGGAUACUCGACCUGGACGCCCAUGGGGCGAGUGUGACGUCCUUGAAGCUGAUGCGAUUCACGAGGCAACAUGCCACAGGGACGGCGGCCACGGAACUCCAUACGGUGAAGGUGGAGCGGGGCAUGUCGUUCGAGCAGGCGCUAGCCAAAUUCCGCAGGGAGGCCAAGGACCCGCACGAAGGAUUCUACAUCCUCAAGCAGAAGAGACGCAACAAGAACAACGCCGUCCUGUGCCUCAAUGGCCAAAUGGUUAACUGCCUGGUGAACACACGCAAAGAGUCCACCCCGAGUCCCGUGUUUCUGCAGCUGUUCCGCCCCAACACCGGACCCCAAGUGAAGACCGAGAAUCUCACCUCGAUUACCCAGCGCUACGUGAAGGUGCCCCCGGAGGAGGCACAGAUGUACUGGCAGCACCAGUACGACACGUGCCUGACGAAGUGCUCGCACAGCUUCUGGAGCCGACCCUGCCCCAAUCCGACCAGCUGCGAGCUGGGUCUGCGGGUGCGCACCUACCACGUGCUGUCCGGCCUGAUGCUCCCCAUUUGGGGCCGCAUCGAGAAGAUCAUUGAGCGGAACGGCCGCAGGAUACAGAUCAUACGCGUCAAGACGGAUGUCAACAAGAAGAUUGUGGGCACAGUGGUGCCGCCAUGUGUCUACAAUGAACUGGUCGCGGAUCUGUCAUCGGACUCCACUGUUUCGACUAAUUAAGAAAGGAAAGAGAGCCGUAGACCUCUAUGAAUGACUAUGAAUGAGUACCAUUUCUGUAUAAAUAUUUGAAGGUCAAAUAAAACACCAAUCGAGGCUAAGAGACGGCGGUCUCUGAA